GGGCGGCGGCAGGAGGAGGCGCAGGCGCGCUGCUCGCCCGUCUGCAGCCCCGCGCCGAGCGCCGCGUCUCGGGAGUUGAUGGCAGCACCACUGUGCGGCCGCCCGGCCGAGCGCGGAGCGCAGCCACACGCCGCUGCCCAGGGAGCGCCCAAGAUGUGGGGGGACCGGGGCGGCAGCGGCUGUACCAGCGCCAGGGACGGGGGCACGCAGCAGCCUCCGCUCGCUCGCCUGUCCUGACCUGCCUCGCUUGCCCCCAAAGAAUGUCAGCCAAGUCUAAGGGGAAACCCUCCUCGUCCUGUCCAGCCGAGGGACCGCCGGUAGCCUCCAAAACCAAGGUGAAGGAACAGAUCAAGAUCAUCGUGGAAGAUCUGGAAUUAGUCCUGGGCGACCUGAAGGACGUGGCCAAGGAACUUAAGGAGAAGCUCCAUUACCUACUCCCACCUCCCCACAUGAUGAAACAGGGAAACAGAGCUGCAGGCAUACAGUGACAACAGGACAUCAGGAAAUGCCCAAGAAGGUGGUUGACCAGAUUGACACCCUGACCUCUGACCUACAGCUGGAGGAUGAGAUGACUGACAGCUCCAAAACGGACACGCUGAAUAGUAGCUCAAGUGGCACAACAGCCUCCAGCCUAGAGAAGAUCAAAGUGCAGGCUAAUGCACCUCUUAUUAAACCCCCAGCACACCCAUCUGCUAUCCUCACGGUCCUGAGAAAGCCAAACCCUCCACCACCUCCUCCACGGUUGACACCUGUGAAGUGUGAAGACCCCAAAAGGGUGGUUCCAACUGCCAAUCCCGUAAAGACCAAUGGCACCCUUCUACGAAAUGGAGGCUUACCAGGUGGACCUAACAAAAUUCCAAAUGGAGAUAUCUGCUGCAUACCCAACAGUAACUUGGACAAGGCUCCAGUCCAGCCUCUGAUGCAUAGACCUGAAAAAGACAGAUGUCCCCAGGCAGGGCCUCGAGAACGAGUUCGGUUUAAUGAAAAAGUACAGUACCAUGGCUAUUGUCCUGACUGUGAUACCCGGUAUAACAUAAAAAACAGGGAGGUCCACUUACACAGCGAACCUGUCCACCCACCAGGAAAGAUUCCUCACCAAGGCCCUCCCCUCCCUCCUCCACCCCAUCUCACUCCUUUCCCACUAGAAAAUGGGGGAAUGGGAAUAAGCCACAGUAACAGCUUCCCCCCUGUCAGACCUGCAACUGUGCCUCCUCCCACUGCACCAAAACCACAGAAGACGAUCUUGAGGAAAUCAACCACUACAACCGUGUGAUGUAUGCCAUUAAAAAAAAAAAUGUUUUUUUUUAAUUUUCUAUAUUAUAAACAUAAAAUAAUAAGUAACGAGCACUUUCUACUCAAGCAAUAAAAAGCCCAAAUAUAUUAAUCCUGCAUUCAGCAAAGUGGCAUAAAAAUCACCUGGUAAGUAUGCAGCACAUUGCUUAUAUCCUGGGUAUGCAUUAUUUUAAAUGUUGUAUCAUUAAAAACCUCAGAAUGAUGAAAAAUACGAAUGCAUUGUUUUUGCAAUUGACCUAUGACAAACUGUGAACCUGCAGAUUUCACCUAUUUUGAUUUACUAUAAGAGCUGGGAUUUGAUUCAUUUUAUUUAUGCCUAAGUCAUCUAUGCAUUAACAUGUCAUAUUCUUAACUUUGAUCUAAUGCUUUUUACUAGGAAAUUUUAAUACUGAAGGACUAUUUUAUUAUUUUUUUCUAAAGAUGUUUGUCAUUAGUUUUUCAUUAUUAAAUGCUGAGGCCAAUACCAAGAAGUUUAUUUUCUAUAUUAUACAAUUAUGAAUUACAUGCUCAGCUAUAUAUGUAAUAAAAUACUUUGGUCUGUGGAAAUACUGUUAAAUCAAUAAACAAUAGUAAAUAAUGACAAAA